AUUGUGACCACAACACCACCAGUUCACCAAGUUCACCAAGUUCACCCGUGCGCUCCGGCCGCAUCUUUGUCGCAAACCUUUGGAUCAUCACUUUCACUCCCCGAAACCUCCUAGAACGUCUCCCGCUUCUUAGGAUCCGGCCGACAAGAUCAAUAAGCACUGCUGUCGCAAUCAUGGCUACCACCGAUACAGCACCAAAGGCGACACCUCCGCAACAUGACCGACAAGGGCGCCGACGACCUUUCGCAUCAUGGAUGAAGAAACUAGCCAACUUCAAGAGCACCUCAUCCUCAGACGCAAACGACAGCUCAAACGGAAAACGCAAUGGCUACGCUCUGAAGACCCAAUCCAAGAAGAAGAACAAUGGCCCAUACAUGUCACCGCCCAAUGGGCGCCACUCCCUCUCUACCAUUCCGACAAGACGUACAGCGAGCGCAUCCUCCAAUGGCAACGGCGAGCCAUCCUUCGGAUCGUCCAUCGAUGACCUCCCAUCCCACGCCGUCGGAUACAGAUCCAACGCGCCGACCGUAUCGACCGAACGAGACGCCGCACGCUCUCUCGCCGCCCAAUCACACGCCGCAUCAUCCGCCGAAGGCACAACCCCCACCAUCGGCGGCCCCAGCAUGACCAUGAGCCGAGGCGCCGACAGCACCUUCUCCUCCCCAGCGCCAUCCCUGCGCUCCCUCACUACAACCCUCACAACCGUGCACUCCACCGGCGCAGCUCUCGGCGGCCCCAACCAACCCAACCACAGCCACCACGGAAGCGCCACCCAAACCACAAACCCCACGCUUUUCUCGCACCAAUUCCCCACCUCCCCUCCACCCUCCGCACUCCCCUCCCACCUCGCCCCUCCCCUAGGAAGCGGCGGCCACCCAGCAACCUACAACACCGCCACAGCCAACAACCUCCUCACCGACAACGCCUCGAUCCUCACCCUCGCCUCGUCCUCCAAGCGCCGCCGUCGCCGCUCCAUGGACACCGACGCCUCUGUCCGCGCCCUCGCGCCCUCCUCCCUCUUCGGCGGGAGCCGCGAGUCCCUCCCCCUCAGCGUGCUCAGCGCUAACAUCGACGCUCCGCCAAGCGCCACAACCAGCGCCGCCAUACAAGCCCGCAUCGGCACCGAGCGCGCGAGCAUCUACUCCGCCACCGGUGUCGCGCCCGCGCUACCCAGCGAGCGGAACAGCCUUUACACCAACAAACAAGGCAUUGUCGGGGACGGCGGGAGCAUCAAUAGUGGCCGUCUUGGACAUGGGAGGGCGGAUAGCGUGACAGGAAGUAUUGCGGGGAUUGCGGGGGCGAGUAGUCCGCUUGUGAGCUCGAAGGAGAGAGAGGCGGCGGGUAAUGGGAGGUUGAGUAGGGCGAAUUCGGGGUGGGGGGAGGUGACGGAUGUGGCGGCUGAGGGGGAGAAGGGGGAUGCGGAGAGUGAGGAGACGGAGACAGAGGUGGAGAAGAGGGAAGGGGGGAAGGCUUGA